AUGUCGGGGGGAGGGCUUAGCCUCGCCUUCACGGGCCCUGCUCGGAAGGCUCGACGGCUGGAGGUCCACGAGACGAUCGAGGCGGUAGUUCGGGAGGAGAUCACCGGCGUGGGAGCUGGCGGGGUACAAACAGCAGGCACUGGGAACCCACUGGCUGACCUGAAGGUGAUCGAAGCCCAGCCCAACAGCUUCAAGAUUGCCAGCGGCAAGUUUGUACCCAGCUACAUCCCAGAAGCGGCCGACAGGGCGGACCAGGAGGGCGGUAUCGACAAGUUUGAGGCGGCAGCCCAGGACGCUGUCGAUGCCCAGGGCGACGUCACCUACGGCCUCAUCCGCCGCGACCGCACCGACGAGGCCUCCACCUCGCGCCGAGCGCAGGGCGCCGGAAGUGGCGCCGUUCUCGGCCCCGGCGACCAGGAGACCCUGGCCCUGCGCCGCGACCUGACCGCCCUGCCCGAGGUGGCGUCCCUGGACGCCUACGAGGCCAUGCCGCCCGGGGAGACGCGGGCGGCGGCGGCGGAGGGGCCGGUGGACAACAAGGGCGCGGCGCACAUCCCGCUCGCGGAGCGGAACCCGGCAGAGCUGGGCGCCGGGGAGGCUGCGUGGGUGGUCGUUGGGACCCACUCUGGUCUGGCCUGCACCUUUGUCGGGCUGGAGGCCAAGCGCGAGGGGCGCUCAGAGCGAGCCAGGGUGCGCCUGCAGCCCAGCAACGAGGUGGUGGUGGUGCGGGUCUCCGACCUCAGCCUGGCGGCCCCCUCCAGGCAGCGCAGCAGGGGCAAGGUCAAGGUGGUCGACAAACGGGCGGAGGGGGGCCGCGUUUACCUGAAGAAGGGCACCGUCGUGGAUGUGGCCAUGCCCCGCGUCUGCGACGUGCACCUGGACGACCUUGCGAGGACGGUGCAGGGCUUGCACCAAGACCAGCUGGAGACUGUGGUUCCCGGGGUGGAGGGCACCCCAGUGCUGCUCCUGGCAGGCAGGCUGCGGGAGGCGGGGGCGGCUGCGGUGCAGCUGACGGCAGACGGGUCCCUGGUCAAGGUGUCGCUGGACGAGGUGGCCGAGUACGCCGGUCCGGAGCACGAUGACGAGUGA